AUGCGCAACGGCAUCCCCAGGGUGGUGCUCAAGGCAACCUAUAUAAAGCCGAAAGCUCCUUACGCCUUCGCCAGACGCCUCUUUGUUGCUACACUCCUCCUCUCCGUAGCCCUCGCGGUUGGCGGUCUUGCCCAGAGUCCGAUCUUCCGCCAGGACUACGCGUACCCUCAAUACCCAGGCUACCAAGCGUACCAGCCUGUGCCCACCGUCGCUCCCCGGUCCUACGUCCCGCUUUCCUCUUACUACCAGUCGGGCGUUGCUUCUCCGCCGGUGUACCAGCCAACUGAGGCUCCGGUCGAAUCGGCGAAGCCUGUAUACCAGCCGGUUCAGUACCAGGCCACCGACUCUCAGUACCAAGCGGCCCAAUACCAACCCGCUGCGCCUGUGUACCAACCGGUUCAGUCUCAGUAUCAACCGGUUGAGCCUCAAUACCAGCCGGUUCAGGCUCAAUACCAAGAGGCUCUACCCCAGUACCAACCGGCCCAGCCCCAGUACCAGCCCAUCGAGUCCCAGUACCAAGCGGUGGACCAGUACGGCCAGUACGCCUUCGGCUUCACGGGCGGAGACCUGGCCCGCUCGGAGACCCGCGGCGCCGACGGCUCCGUGCGCGGGUCCUACUCGUACGUGGACGAGGAGGGCCGCACGCAGACGCAGCACUACGUCGCCGACGAGCUCGGCUUCCGCGUCACGGGAACAAACCUCCCGCGGGCGCCCGAGGUCCCCGCGGGCGGAGCUGCCAACCCCGUCUACGAGCCCCUGCCGACGCCCCAGCCCGUCAGGGACACCCCGGAGGUCGCUGCGGCCAAGGCAGCUUUCCUCAAAGCCUACAACGAGGCAGCCAUCGCCGCCGCCGAGGCUCCCGAUAUAGAUUAA